UUUUUAAGCAACGAUUAAAUGCAAAGGUUUUAAAUACAUCAACCCCUCUUCAGCGACCAUGGUGGCAGAAACCCAGUUGCAGGAGCCCGUUACGGACACUUAUACCUUGAAUGGGAUCGACUAUGGCGAAUUGUUUCGACGAUGCUGUCGUCCAACUUUGGACACAACACAGUUAGAGGAUAUUGUCAUGUUUCAGACGGAUGCGGACUACACAAGUCACUAUGAAAAAGUUGGUGAUGAGCCGUUGCCAUCCUCGAAUAAUACAAACAAUGUAUCAAGAAUGGUAGAGCUUCCAAUAAUUCGUUUAUACGGUGUGACCAGGGAAAGUCACAGUGUAUUGGUGAAUGUGCAUAACUUCAUGUCAUACUUUUACGUGGAGAAACCUGUUAAUUUCAAGAAAGAGCACAUUCCUCUCUUGAUUGAUUUUUUCAAUAAACACUUGAUGGAGUUACCUCCAUUCAAGAAGACGUGCCGUUAUGUGAUUGAUAUAGACAUAGUCCAAAUUACUCCACUAAUGCUGUACAAACCUAAUGCAAAGUGUGACUACUUGAAGGUGAUAACCACACUCCCAAGAAUGGUCUCUUCUUUACGUUCCUUCAUAGAGUCCGGGAUAAGUUUACCUGUUCUAGACGGGGACAAUUCAACCCGUAUCCCAUUUCCACGUCAGGUAUGUGAAGCCAACAUUCCAUAUGUUUUACGUUUUUUACUGGAUGGCGAGAUUACCGGUGGCUGUUGGAUUCGUUUACCUAAGGGCACGUAUAGCAUCGUGGCGGACAAGACUAGUCACUGCAGUAUUGAAGUGUCUAUGGAUUAUAAGGACUUGGAUCCCAUGCCAAUAGAGGGAGAAUGGCAGUCCAUCGGUCCUAUUCGUACGCUGUCGUUUGAUAUAGAAUGUGUUAAGUUUACUGGUCCAGGUUUCCCCAAUGCCAAUAACGACCCGGUUAUCCAAAUAGCAUCGGUACUACAUACCCACGGAGAUAGCCUCGACUCAGCUCAAAAGUUUGUUUUUACAUUGGACACCUGUGACAACCUCCAUGGUGCCCACGUAUUAUCUUUUGCGAAUGAAGCAGCUUUAUUGAUGGCCUGGAAACAAUUUUUUAUUGCCGUUGAUCCGGACUUUCUUACAGGGUACAAUAUUAUUAACUUCGAUAUACCCUACCUGAUAAACCGUGCUAAUGCUUUAAAGCUUCCCGAAUUCACACAGCUACCGCGUAUAACGCGUAGUAAAAGCAGUGUCCGCGAUAUCAUAUCUUCGAACAACACAAUGGGUACAUUUGAAAACAAGGAGAUUAACAUCGAAGGCCGCAUUCUAUUUGAUGUAUAUGACUUAGUACGUCGUGAUCACAAGUUAAAAUCCUACACGUUGAACUAUGUUUCAUUCGAAUUUUUGAAGCAGCAAAAGGAAGACGUGCAUCACUCUACAAUGUCGAAGCUGCAACUCGGUUCUGCUGCUGACCGUCGUCGUAUAGCCAGCUACUGCUUGAAGGAUUCAGUCCUUCCGCUGCUCUUGAUCGACAAGUUACUGCUACUGUUCAACUACGUAGAAAUGGCUCGUGUUACAUCUACACCUAUUAAAAUGCUUAUCAGCCGUGGUCAGCAGAUCCGUGUUACUAUGCAGAUUUACAGGCAGUGCAAGCUCAUGGGUUAUGCAGUUCCUUCUGUGAACGCUGCGCAACGUGCUGCCAAUUCAGAGGCAUCCUAUGAGGGUGCCACUGUGUUGGAGCCUAAGAAGGGUUACCAUCGCAACGCUAUCGCAGUUUUAGAUUUUCAAUCGCUAUAUCCCUCCAUCAUGAUUGCGCAUAACCUGUGUUACUCUACGUUAGUACCACCUGCUGACGCCAGCAAAUACCCUGCUGAGGACCUCACUACAGUACCAGGACACCCAGGAUUAUAUUUCAUCAAAGCUCAUGUGCGAAAGGGCAUGCUACCGUUGAUCGUUGAGCGUUUGAUAGAGGCUCGUAAAAAGGCCAAGGAGGAGAUGAAGGUUUGCACCGAUCCUAUGCUGCGUAGUGUGCUUGACGGUAGACAGCUAGCCCUGAAGAUUACUACUAACUCGGUCUACGGUUACACAGGUGCAUCCACUUCUGGUUUUUUACCUUGUGUAGAAGUAGCUACCGCGAUUACGUCAUUCGGUAGGUACAUGAUCGUAGAUACUAAGGAAAAGAUUGAAAGUCACUUUACUAAGGCCAAUGGCUACGACACUGAUGCGAGUGUCGUUUAUGGUGACACUGAUUCCGUUAUGAUAAAUUUUGGUACUAAGGAUAUUUCGCGUGCCAUAGAGCUUGGGGUUCAGGCAGCUGCUAUGAUAACUAACCAGGCCAUCAAGCCUAUUACACUUUUAUUUGAGAAGGUAUAUCUACCUUUACUUCUAUUGGCCAAGAAGCGGUAUGCUGGGUUGUACUACACCAAGGCUGACAAAUACGAUAAGAUUGAUUGCAAGGGUAUCGAGACUGUUCGUCGUGACUUCUGUUUGUUAGUUCAGCAGAUGAUGGAGCGUAUCCUGCAUAUGUUAUUGGUAGACCUUGACCUUAAUGGCGCCAUCGAGUUUGUUAAAUCCAGGAUCAGCCAGCUACUACGUAACGAGAUUGAUAUCAGCCUUUUGGUUGUAACCAAAUCACUAGGUAAAGUAGACUACGACGCCCGCUUGCCACAUGUUGAAUUAGCAAAGAAGCUACGUCAACGUGACCCUGGCAAAGCACCUUCUGUCGGCGACCGUGUGAGUUACCUUAUAGUGAAGGGUACUAAAAAUCAACCACAAUUCGAUCGUGCGGAGGAGCCGCUUUAUGUUGUAGAAAACAACAUACCAGUCGACACCCAGCACUAUCUGGACGCCAUCAAGUCAACACUAAUGCGUAUAUUUGAGGUAAUUAUGCCUAAUCCAGAGUCACUAUUCAGCGGUGAGCACACUCGCUUCGUUACACUUACGUCAUCAAGCGAAGGUGCUCUUUCAAUGUUCAUGAAAAAGGUUGAACGUUGUCUUGGUUGUAAAACCGUUAUUAAGGUGCCUCCAUUUUGUGACCACUGCAACCUUGAAAAACGCCAGCAGGUAAUGCUGCAGAAACUGGAGGAGCGGCGCCAGAAAGAAGCGGACUAUUUUGACCUUUGGUCACAAUGCCAGCGUUGCCAGGGUAGUUUGCACAACGAGGUCAUUUGCGACAACCGCGAUUGCCCAAUUUUCUACAAACGUGUACGUACUGGUAAAGUACUCACUUCCAUGGAGGCUACGUAUCAGUCGUUGCACUUGGAGUACACUUAAUUUAAUUUGGCUGCGUUGUGCUGAUUAGG